AUGUCUGAUACAGUACCAUCUGCACAUUUAUCACCAGUACCAAUCGUUCAUCGUGGAACUGCAAUACUAGCUUCUGAAAAUACUUUAGUCGAUUUGACUGAUAGCAAAGGUGUGCGUUCUGAUGCUUUAGUUGAACUUACUACGGAACUCCAAUCGAAUUUACAAAUGGCUCACAAUUUCGGAAAUGCUGCAAUUGACAUUGAAUUGCUGGAAAAAGAAAUCUCAGCGAAGGAACAGGAAAGACGUGACCAGCAAUAUACUGAUUUAAGUGGAGAAAUUGCUGGAACAACUUCCUCAAAAUCACGACGUUCUGCUGCUGAACCUGAUUUAAAUAGCGAUUUUGAUACAUUGAAUGAACCAAUCUGGGAUACUAUUAGACGUGAUUUGCGUACUGUUGGUGCAAAAUUUGGGCAGGUCAUGGCGCCCACGAGCGGUCAACAAUUACUUCACGACUGGGAUCUUUGGGGACCACUUUUCAUAUGUGUUUUUAUCUCAUUAAUGUUGCAAGGAGGCAAAAGUGGCAAAGGUCCUCAUUUUACCGAAGUUUUCACGUUAACUUUCUUUGGCUCAUGCGUUGUCACUCUGAAUACAAAGCUGCUUGGUGGUAACAUAUCAUUUUUUCAAUCGCUUUGUGUGCUUGGUUAUUGUUUGCUGCCCCCUGGUUUAGCAGCGGUAAUAUGCAAAUUUAUUGAAAUAAACCCUGAGCAGACACCAUUUCUCUUCACUUUACGUCUUUUGGUCACCACGGCUGGCUUCAUCUGGGCAAUAUAUGCAUCGAUGGUGUUCAUAUCCAAUUCACAACCGCCGAAACGGAAGAUGCUCGCACUUUAUCCUAUUUUCUUAUUCUAUUUUGUUGUCAGUUGGAUGAUUAUUUCACAUUCAAGUUUCUAA